CGGAGAGUGUCCGUUUUAACUAGCUUGUAUGCUGGUUUGGUUCAUUUUAUUUAAUAUUUUUUUUUAUAAAGUCCAGGUUCCGCUGUGCGCAGCAGUGGAUCAAUGGAUUCUUGUUCUCUCUACUAUUCUCUGGACCUCGUUGCCAGCAGCGGGCAUGUUUUAACUGUUGAGCAGAGAAUCGCUCUUCAAACGUCCCUGUUGAUCCUGAAGAAAAAGUACAAGUUCCAACGGGCCAUGUUAUGGGGCAAAAUAUUGGGAAUACAGGAGAACUACUUCAUAGCUCAAGGGAGAGGUGAAUCUGAAAUAAAGGAUCGGAAAUAUCUGUACAGCCUCGACUGCAUGGAAUGGUUCCUUCUUCCCUUGGUCACUGAGUCUAUGAUUGAAGAAGUGUCCAAAGCGGUCAGGGGUCAUUUCAUAGGAGAACCCUCUUUUGUGUAUGAACAGAUCCACAGCCAUGGAGGUGGAGAAGAGGCUGCAGAGGGGGAGGAGGUGAUCAGGGUGAAUGAGGAGAAGAGGCUGGCAGUGACUGUUCAUCUCAUUGAUGAAGACGUGUCUGUGGUACCCAGAGGCGCCUUCAUCAGAAACCCACUUGGUCAUGUCCAGAUAAACCGCAGCUUUGAAGGUCUUUCUGAAUCAGAAGCGAGGAGGCUUGAGAAUUAUCUACACUUCCAUGAACGGAAGACAGGAAACAAGAAAUCCAUCACAGAUAUGGGGGAAUGGAGUCCAGCCAUCGAUUUUCUGGAUGCCCUCAGUGAUGACAUUCCUAAAGGAUCGUGGAGUCUUCAGUUUGAGUGUGCCAGCAGAGUGUGUGUUCUGCGCAGCCUCCUGUGGCCUGGACUCACUUUCUACCAUGUGCCAAUGACGCCACAGCAUGGAUACAUCUACAUUGGCUUCGGAAUGAAAAACAUUGACCUUCCUUUCAAGCUGUAAAUGAAAGAAUGAUUUCCUAUUGCUGCAUUUCUAU